CUUUUCUUAGACAUCCUAUGCAGACAGUUGGAAGGGCUGAAGCGGCAGCUCCCUUGGAUUUGUCCACCAGGGAAAUCAGACACAAUGACUUGGCUCCUUUUCAGAACGUCCAGGGCUCUGGCCAUUUUAAUGGUGCUCCUAUUUGUUCAUGGAGAAUUGCGAAUAGAGACAAAAGGUCAACACGGAGAAGAUGAGACUGCAAUACAAGGCAAAAGGAGAUAUAAACGUGAAUGGGUGAAAUUUGCAAAACCCUGCAGAGAAAGAGAAGACAACUCGAAAAGAAAUCCAAUUGCCAAGAUUACUUCAGAUUUCCAAGCAAGCCAGAAAAUAACCUACAAGAUUUCUGGAAUGGGAAUUGAUCAACCCCCUUUUGGAAUCUUUGUUGUUGACAAAAACACUGGAGAAAUUAACAUAACGGCCAUAGUCGAUCGUGAGGAAACUCCAAGCUUCCAGAUAACCUGUCAUGCUCUGAAUGCCCAAGGACAAGAUGUAGAGAAACCACUUAUAUUAACAGUUAAAAUUUUAGAUGUGAAUGACAAUCCUCCAGUAUUUUCACAAAGUAUAUUCAUGGGUGAAAUUGAAGAAAACAGCGCAUCAAACUCUCUGGUGAUGAUACUAAAUGCCACAGACGCGGAUGAACCAAACCACCUGAACUCUAAAAUCGCCUUCAAAAUUGUCUCUCAGGAACCUGCAGGCACACCCAUGUUCCUCCUAAGCAGACAUACUGGCGAAGUCCGUACUUUAACCAAUUCUCUUGAUCGAGAGCAAGUUAGCAACUAUCGUCUUGUUGUGAGUGGUGCAGACAAAGAUGGAGAAGGACUAUCAACUCAAUGUGAAUGUAGUAUCAAAGUCAAAGAUGUCAAUGAUAAUUUCCCAAAGUUCAGAGAAUCUCAGUAUUCAGCACAAAUUCAGGAAAAUACUUUAAGUUCUGAGUUGAUUCGAUUUCAAGUUAUAGAUUGGGACGAAGAAUUCACAGAUAAUUGGCUUGCAGUGUAUUUCUUUACCUCUGGAAAUGAAGGGAAUUGGUUUGAAAUACAAACUGAUCCCAGAACCAAUGAAGGUAUCCUGAAGGUGGUUAAGGCUUUAGAUUAUGAACAACUACAAAAUGUGCAACUUGGUAUUGCUGUCAGAAACAAAGCUGAAUUUCACCAAUCAGUAAUCUCUCAGUAUCGAGUCCAGUCAACCCCAGUCACAAUUCAAGUGGUGAAUGUGAGAGAAGGAAUCACAUUCCGUCCUGCUUCCAAGACAUUUACUGUGCAGAAAGGCAUAAGUACUAAAAAAUUGGUCAAUUACGUCCUGGGAAAGUAUGAAGCCACUGAUGAAGACACUGGCAAAGCUGCCUCAUCUGUCAAGUACAUCAUGGGACGUAAUGAUGGUGGUUUGCUAUUCAUUGAUUCCAAAACUGCUCAAAUCAAAUUUGUCAAAAACAUCGAUCGUGAUGCUACUUUCAUAGUUAACAAGACAAUCACAGCUGAGGUUCUGGCCAUAGAUGAAAACACGGGUAAAACUUCUACAGGCACCGUAUAUGUUGAAGUACCUAGUUUUAAUGAAUAUUGUCCAACAAUCAUCCUUGAAAAGAAAAAAAUUUGUAGUUCACGACCUUCCGUGGUUGUCUCAGCUAGAGCACUGGAAAAUAAAUACACUGGCCCCUACACACUUUCCCUGGAGGAGGGACCUCUAAAAUUGCCAGUUGUAUGGAGUAUCACAACACUCAAUGCUACUUCGGCACUCCUUAAUGGCCAAGAACAGAUGCCUCCUGGAAGGUAUACGAUCUCGCUGACAGUUACCGACAGUCAGAACAGACAGUGUGAGGCACCAGAGAGCCUGACUCUGGAAGUCUGUCAGUGUGACAACAGGGACACCUGUGGAAAUUCUGACGGGACCAAAGGCCCUGUACACACAGAUAGAGGCUCAUCAUGGAAGCUGGGGCCUGCAGCCAUUGGCCUGAUAUUCCUUGGUCUUCUGCUACUGCUAUUGGCCCCCCUUCUGCUGCUGACCUGUGACUGUGGGAUGGGUUCUAUGGGGGGAGUGACAGGAGGAUUUAUCCCAGUUCCUGAUGGUUCAGAAGGAACAAUUCAUCAGUGGGGAAUCGAAGGAGCUCAACCUGAAGACAAGGAAAUCACAAAUAUUCGUGUGCCACCUAUAACUGCCAAUGGAGCCGAUUUCAUGGAAAAUUCUGAAGUUUGUACGAAUACCUAUGCUGGAGGAACAGUGGUGGAAGGAGCUUCGGGAAUGGAACUGACCACCAAGCUUGGAGCAGCAACAGGAGCUGGGGCCGCUGCAGGAUUCGGAGCAGCCUCUGGACUUGGCAUUGGCUCUGCAGGACAGUCCGGAACAAUGAGAACAAGGCAUUCCACUGGAGGAACCAAUAAGGACUAUGGGGAAGGGGCAGUAAGCAUGAAUUUCCUGGACUCCUAUUUUUCUCAGAAAGCAUUUGCCUGUGCAGAAGAAGACGAUGCCCAGGAAGCGAAUGACUGCUUGUUGAUCUAUGAUAAUGAAGGAAUGGGUGCCCCCAGUUCUCCCGUGGGCUCCGUGGGUUGUUGCAGUUUUAUUGCCGAUGAGCUGGAUGACAGCUUCUUGGACUCACUUGGCCCCAAGUUUAAAAAGCUUGCAGAGAUAAGCCUCGGGAUUGAUGACGAAGCCAAACAAUCUCAGCUGCCUACCCAAGACAGCCAUUCUAGGAUUGAAUCUUGUGGCUAUUCCCUAGGACCCCAACAGCCAGAAUCCGUUAGGGGCCAGACUGCGUCAGGCAGUCAAGGAGCUUCUGCUUUGUCUGCUUCCAGCUCUGUUCUCCAGCCAGCCAUUGCCAUCCCUGACCCUUUGCAGCAUGGUAGCUAUUUGGUAACAGAGACUUACUCAGCCUCUGGUUCUCUCAUGCAACCUUCCACUACAGUCUUUGAGCCACAUCUCACGCAAAAUGUAAUAGUGACAGAGAGAGUGAUUUGUCCCAUUUCCAAUGUUCCUGACAACCUACAAACUCCAGCAGAGCUACGAGGGUCACGUAAUACUAUCUGUACAGAAGAUCCUUGUUCCCGUCUGAUAUGACCAGAAUGAACUGGAAUUAAACAUAGCAGCUGAAUACAGAUAUUUGGACCAAACUGUUCAAAGUAGCAUAGCAAAGCUCACAGUAUUGGUCUAAUUAGGCCCUAAUUUGGUACCCUCAUAAACUAAUCAUGAUUAGUUUCAAUUUUCUAGUUAAUACCCCCAAACUGAACGUGUCACUUGUACUCCUCAAGUACCAUUAAAGUGGUAGUAAAUCUUGAUGUUUCUCAAAAAAAUCUCAAGAUCAUAUUCAGUGGGAAAAAUUUCACUUAACAAUUAACAACUUUUACACCGCUAUUGUGGCAGUGCUGAUGAAAGUUAUUUGUUGCUUUAAAUAAAAUGCAGUGUGUUUCAGUGGAUUAGGCACUUGGAGUCAAGAGCCCCAGUUCUUGUCUCUGUCACCUUUUCUUCUGUCACUAAUAAUGAUGUAAGAGUCAAAACAUCUUUGCUAAAGCAUUUCGAGCUGCUUGGAAAAAGGACAUAGUUGCAGCUGAGUUUUUGCCACCUUCUCGGUGUUGGGAAACCUUAAGUGCAUCUUUCGCUCAAGCUAAAGGCUGUUGGCUUAUGCAUUAAGCUUGCUGUAUCUAUAUUCCUCAAUUCUCAAAACAAGACAGUUUUGAAAUAGAAAUGUGGAACAUUUAGGAAACUUUAGAGUGGUGUAAAUAAUAUUUUGUUUCUGUAAACUACUUUGAAGCGAUCUAUCCAAGGAAAAUAUUUUACAUUGAGCUCCUUCCUACAUCCUUCUCGGUACAAAUCUUGUGUUAAUAGUUCUUGAAAGUUACCCUAUUUUUAAAUGUCAGUGAGUUGAUGUAGCUUAUGUAUGACAUAGCAUGUUUAUUGUGUUAACAAUGACUACAGGCCUCGUGAGAAUACAAAACAUGGUUUUUCUCAUAAUCAAAAGAGGCAUCUGACUAGAAUGACAUACGGUAAAAUUUUUGAAUAUGUAUAAUAAGCACCAUUUCAAGUAAAAAAUGGAUAUGGAAAGAGAUUGUCAAUAACCUCUAUUAAGCCUCACUCCUUUUAAACAGCUUCACCAAUUUAAUUCUCUAGCAUAACAGUGUUAGGUUAGUGAAGAUUUAGAAGUUAUUACUUCAUGCACAUGGCCAUGACAGCAAUGCAGUUCUUCAAAUCAUUUCUGGUCAUUCAAGAUCUUCAGCCUUUAGCCCAUAGAGAACACCGACUUCUCGUCAACAUUUUUGUCAUAGCUGAGUCUUUACAAGGUCAUUGUUGAGCUCCAUUAUCUCUAAUUGUAUAUGAAAUACUCCUCUCUGGGUUUGUUUGUUUGCCAUAUUCAAAACAUAUUUGCUUUUCCAGAAGGAAUGCAAAGUAAUAAAGUGUGUUUUAACACAGAA